GGCGCGACGCGACGCGACGCCACGGCACGGCAAGCACAGCCCCGCGCAGCCCACGCAAGGCGGUACAGUACGCGGCAGCGACAGGUCCAGCAGUCCAGGCAGCGCAGGGGUGAGCACCCCGUCACACCCCGUCGGCCGUCGGACGAGCUCCUCCACGGAAGGUCCGAGACGAUGCCGCGCCCUCCGCGGCCGCGGCCCCGGUACUUCGUCUUCGCCCCCCUGUGACUGGCGCGGCGUGCCCACUAGGCGAGCGCGGCGCGGGCCCGUCCCAGCAUGGCGUUUGCGCGCUUUGCGCCGAGUGGCGGCCCCGAGUCGUGACGGUGGCUGUGUGCCUCAGCGUGGGGGACUAGGACUUGUCGUGUGAACCAGCACCUGUCGAGUCGAGGUAGGGCCGGCGGGCCGGGCGAGACGGCACGGGACGGGACGGCCUACGCCAAUCCCUAGUGGCCCCGAGCCACCCUGCGAUGGACCUGGAGGCCACGCGGUCCGUGGCCGUGCUGUCGUCGGCGCUGUGCUGCGCCUCGCUGCUCACGGUGGUGUCGCUGGCCGUCAUCCUGACGCACUGGCACGACGCCCUGGACGCGUGCGCGCACGCCGACUGCGGCUGCCUGCUGUACGCGCGCGUCUCCACGUCGUCCUACGCCAUCCAGGGCUCGGACGUGUCGCUGUGCUGGUUCAGCGGCGCCGCCCCGCUGCCGGGCCUGGUGUUCGCGCUCAGCCUGGCGGCGUGGUACGGCUACCGCGGCUUCGUCCGGGUGCCCGCCAGCGAGCGCAGGGCCGUCACCGACCUGCGGGGCGCCGACGGCAGCGCGGUGCGGCUCGUGUCGCGCGGCGGCCCCGCGCUGCAGGUCCGCGGCCCGGAGGACACGGCCAGGCUGACGGAGAGGAUCGCCCGGGCCGCCGCCUUCACCAUCAUGCAGGGCGUGGCGUGCCUGCUGCUGGGGCUGCUCGCCGUCAGCCACGUCGCCGUGCUCACCGACGGCUUCCUGACGGCGUGCCGCGAGUACCGCCACGCCGUGCUCAAGACGCUCCGCGCGUCCGGCAACCUGGCGCAGCUCGUCAACGACCGCCUCUCCUGCCCCGUCAUCUUCGACUUCCUCGACUACAUGAAGCCCGACGCGCGCGAGGUGUUCCAGGACGGCCACUGGUUCCCGGGGCAGAGGGCCCUGGCCACCGUCAACACCUCGGCCGCCCUGGUCAUCAGCCUAGUGGCGGCCUACUCCUGCAUGGUGCUGUGGUUCGCCCUCGCCUACAAGUUCGGCACCAUCGCCCAGGGCGCCGCCCGCCGCUCCAAGGAGGCCCACAAGUUGCGCAAGUUCAGGGCCCGGGUGGCGUCUCACUGCACGGACCUGUGAGCCGGGCCCCCAGGCCUGGCCGCCCCGGGGUCAUCCAGAAGACUGUGUGAAGGAAGACAUACAUGACACACUGCCAGGACUCUGAGAAAGACAGUGAAUAACACAGUGUAUCGGUUAUCAGUGGCUGGCCAACGCAGCCGCGACGGGUCGAAGCUAGUCAUCGAGUGAAGCAGCGAAGCAGCAGUGACAUUCGCGUUUGUCGGUAGAGUAAAUAAUCCACCAAAGACAGCUCAGGAGGAAGAAAAGACUGUUAUGAGGAAAACAUGCUUUAGUUCACAAAAUAAUCAAAUCCAAACAAAUUACUAAUGCUUUCCUUGCAAAAUUGGGAAAACAUUACUGUUUUUGACAUAAUAGAUCAGUCCAAUGCACAUUUACGCCUUUACCAGCCAAAUAUCAAACCUCGCAAUUGGAAUAUGUUAUACAAUCUGUUGUGCCGUUUUUAAAAAGUAUUUUGGCACAAAAAACUUAUUGUGAUCAAACAAAUUUAAAAGAAUCCUAUGACACAGGUAGGUUCUAAUAAGAUUCUAGGUAGGAAAAUAGAGCUAAACUGAAUACUUUCCAUGACAUUCUACUUUGCAACAAGUUGGAACCCGUCCAUCUGACAUGGUUUUCCUAGAUAAGAAUCUAAAAUUCAUUUCUAUAGUUGUCAGCAUGAAGCAAAUAAUUAAAUUGGAUUCUUUGGCAUUGUAUGGCUGGAUUUUCUAAAUUACAAAUUGUGCGUCUAAAAUUAAAAUUUGUAAAACCAAAACAAGAAAACAGACUUAUUGACUAGAAAAUAGAACAAUUCAAAACAAAAGUUGAAUAGCAAAAAGAAACAGUCAUCUUUUCUGUAAUAUGUUAACUGUUCAUUUUGUAGUUCAGUGGUGAAAAGAUGCAAGCAAGCCACAAAAUGUGCAUGAUUACAUAAUGGUCCAUUCAAAUUUAAGCCAAGUUGAAGGUCUAGAUGGCAAUUUUUAUAAGCUUAACUAAUUAAAACUUUUGUUACUUAUAGAAAAUAAGGAGCAUUUGUGAAAAUAUAAACAAAGUAGAAAGGAA